UAUCUCCUUUUCACAUCCAUUACACAUAUUCAUAUCAUUCCAAAGCAAUCCCCACAAAUCAUAUCAUCAUCUCUAUCCAUCCUUCUCACAACCUCUCCAAAUUCUAAAUCUCUCUGUGUGUGUAUAGUCUUACUUCAAAAAGACUCCACAAGUCCAAAUGAUGAUGAGGAAUCAGGACAUUACUACGAUCAGAGACAAGAACAAGGCCAGUAAUGCAUGUGGUGGUAAUAACAACAAACCGAAGCUAAGAAAGGGACUUUGGUCUCCUGAUGAAGACGAGAAGCUCAUAAGGUAUAUGUUGACCAAUGGACAAGGAUGUUGGAGUGACAUUGCUAGGAAUGCUGGUCUCUUACGUUGUGGAAAAAGUUGUCGCCUUCGUUGGAUCAAUUACUUGAGGCCUGAUCUUAAACGUGGUUCUUUCUCUCCUCAAGAAGAAGAUCUCAUCUUCCAUUUGCAUUCCAUUCUUGGUAACAGGUGGUCUCAAAUAGCCACUCGGCUUCCAGGAAGGACAGACAACGAGAUCAAAAACUUUUGGAACUCGACAUUGAAGAAGAAGCUUAAGAACAACAACACUUCUUCAGGUUCAUCACCUAAUAAUAGUAAUAGUAAUUCUUUGGAACCAAUAGAUCAACAUGUGGACAUGGGAGGCAACUCAAAUCCAAUGAUGAAUAGCCAUCAUCAUCAAGAUGACAUGAUGAUAGUGGGGAACACCAUGCAUAUGGAAUCUUCUUCAUUUUAUGCACCCGUGGUUACUAGUGUGGGAUUAAACCAGCUUGAUCCACUGAUAUCAGUAACGGAUCAUAACCGAUAUCAACAAAUGGCAAACACAGGGAACAACAACGUUAAUGGGUUAGGAGAUUAUGGAAGCGCAGUUCUUGAUCCGAUCAGCAAUAGAGCAUCAGUAGAAAGUGAAUGGUUUCUUCCACCGUCGGAGAAUACCAAUAUCAUGGCUUGUACCACAAGCAACAACCUAAACUUAGAAGCCCUUGAUCCUUGCUUCGGUAGCAAAAAUAUGUGUCAUUCAGAAAGCUUCAAAGUAGGGAACAUUAUGGGUAUGGAGAAUAGUUCUUGGGAAAUAGAAAACCCUAAAAUCGGAGAUUGGGAUUUGGAUAGUCUCAUCGAUAACAACUCUUCUUUCCCCUUCCUUGAUUUCCAAGUUGAAUGACAAAAUAUCCCCUCGUGCAUUCUAUCUUCUUUUUUUACUCAUUGGUCCUUAUUCAUUCUUCUAUCCAUAUUUUUUUUUUUAUAAAUGACGGUAUAUUCAUCUUCAGAGCUCGUUUUGAAGUUGGCCAUCUGAUCUAUUCUAAGAGUCAUUUUUCUUUUUUAGCAAAAAGUCUUCUUUCCAUAAAAUUUGGUCUAUUCUCUUGUCCAUCUAUGUCCCCAUCACAUGUCUAUUAUUCACAAUAAGAUUGUUCUUGGAAGCGAGAUGUAUAUGCAUGUAUAGUUUAUAUCUAUAGGACGAGGAACUAGUCACCAUGCAUGGGUUAUUGGUUCCUUUAGUACAUAAAACGUGAAUAGGAAGGUACAUUGAGACUUUAUUUGCUGCGGAAGUACUUAAAUAAUGAUGGUCCACGCAGGUUGGU